CUAUACUACAAGCUACAACUGAAUCAACCUUUCCAACGGCUAAUCGACAUUCCAGCACCCAGAAGUACCAACACACUCGAGUAUAGCGAAAAGUCGGCGACCAGAACGACCAAAAUGAGCUUGAUGCGACAAGAAGACGAGAGCGAGGGUAUCGAGGUGGCAUGGGAGGACCAACAACGGAUCAGCGCAUUCUCGAAAUACAACACCCGGCUAUCUAGUAUCCAAGACGAGCUCAAGAAGUUACAGGAAGAAAAGGAGCUGUAUGACGAUUUGGAGAUGGAGUUGGAGCUUGCGGAUGAGAAGGAGCCUGUCCCCUACCAACUAGCCUCAACAUUCUUCCACCUAACCCCCGCUCAAGCAAUCCGACAACUAUCCCUAGAACGACGUACCUUGCAGAAAGAAAUCCGGCGGUUAGAGAAGAGGCGGGACGAGUGUGUAGAUGGGAUGAAGGGGUUGAAGAUUGAAUUGUACGCCAAGUUCGGGAACCAGAUCAACUUGGAGACGGAUCCCAAGGAUGACUAGCCCACCAACCUACAAGUUUGAGAACAGGAUCCUCCUCGUUGAUUCUCUUUCAAUCUCUCUCGGCUCCGGACUAUAACGAUUAAGAUUCGAGCUCUCCAGGAUUCGACCUUGAAGACGAGAACGGAUGUCGGCUUUAGAUCAAUCAUGAGGAUCGAGAUCCGAGAUCGGGAUGCCAGGCUAGGCCCGACCGGGGCGGGAAGCUGUACGAAAGUAAUGUCUUUGCGUUCUAUGUACCAUCAUAACAUGUCAAUAUCGUCGCGACCUCAGGAGCGAGACGAACGUGGGGAUUCUCAGGUCAGCGUGAGUAAGUAUCGACAGCCGGGACACGAAGGGGUACAAUUGUGCCUCG